UUUUAUUUUUCUUUUCAUUUCUCUUAUUUUUCUUUUUCUUUUGUUAAACCAGAGAAGCGUCAGAGGAGUUUUAUAAUUUAUACAAUGCAACGCGGAGAUAGUUGGAGGCUGGAGCAAAAUGCAAGAAUUGGCGGUCUUCAUUUGAGAUUCAAAUGAAUCAUUUGAACUGUUCGACGAUGGCAUACAAAUGAACUAGGGCUCAGACGCUCAGUCGCCUGAAUUUCUCUCCAAAAUCUUGCAAAAAUGGCGUCAGGUGCCUCAUGCUCCCGCGUUGAUCAGUUCUACUGUUCAAAGAAGAAGCAUAAGUUUGUAUCACCUCUUUUAAAACCAGGGCAAGAUCAAGUAAGAAGAAACCUGAUAUCAGAGAUAGAAUCCUCUUUAAGAAAUGAACAUGUUGGAGGUCUGCAGUGUAAUUCUUCAAAUAACAGACAGGGGAGUCCAUCUGUGCUAGAUUUGGAAGACAAAUCGAUCAAGAAGAGGCCUUUAAGUAGUUUUCGUUCAUCUGACCAUAUCUCUAAAUACGGAGAAUUGUCUCACAAUUCCAAAGAGACUAAUGUUGGUGGUAACAAUUCCGUGCAUGAAUUGAGCUUGAGGAAAUGCAUUAGAACAUCUAUGGAAGCUGUUGAUGUGACAUCAUGCAAUACACCAAACCUGUCAGAAGUCAAAGUUGGAGCUGAAAAAACUCCUCAGUCAAUGCAUGGAAGCUCCAUUUUUUCACCAGGAGACGCGUUCUGGAAAGAGGCAAUCCAGGUGGUUGAUGAUAUGUCCUAUCAUAAUGAAGAUCUUCCUGAAAAGGUUGUUGAAGAAUCCAAAGGAUCUGAAAAUGAUGUAUUGAAUCAACCUAAUCAUAACAGAACAUCUAAUACACCAAGUACAGACAUCAGAACUUGUAAUGUGAACAUUCUUAAAAGUGUAGAAAGUACCUCAUCAAGCUGCGUGACUUCUAAUGAUUGUUUGGAUAUUGGGAAUUGGCUCCCUUCAGAGUUAUGCAAUACAUAUAAGAGAAAGGGUAUAUCAAAACUGUAUCCUUGGCAGGUGGACUGCCUUCAAGUGGAUGGGGUGUUACAAAAAAGGAACCUUGUGUAUUGUGCAUCUACAAGUGCUGGGAAAAGUUUUGUUGCAGAAAUCUUGAUGUUACGUAGAGUGCUGUCAACAAGAAAAGUGGCAAUUCUUGUUCUUCCUUAUGUGUCAAUUUGUACAGAGAAGACAGCACAUCUUGAAGCCUUACUUGAACCAAUUGGUGCACGUGUUUGUAGUUAUUAUGGAAGCCAAAGUGGUGGCACACUUCCUAAAGAUACCUCUGUAGCUGUUUGCACAAUCGAGAAGGCAAAUUCCCUACUCAACAGAUUGUUGGAAGAGAGGCGUUUGUCAGAAGUUGGGAUCAUAGUAAUUGAUGAACUUCACAUGGUUGGAGAUCAGCACAGGGGCUAUCUCUUGGAACUUAUGCUGACAAAACUUCGGUAUGGAGCUGGUGACCCCACUCAUGAUCUUCAAAUUAUUGGGAUGAGUGCCACCUUGCCCAAUGUCAGUGCUGUUGCUGAUUGGCUUCAAGCAGCUUUAUACCAGACAGAUUUCCGACCUGUUCCACUUGAGGAGUAUAUCAAAGUUGGAAACUCAAUUUAUAACAAAAAGAUGGAUCUUGUCAAAACAAUCUCAAAAAGAUCUGAUCUUGGUGGUAAAGAUCCUGAUCAUAUCAUAGAAUUAUGCAAUGAGGUUGUCCAAGAGGGUCAUUCAGUGUUGAUCUUUUGUUCAAGUCGUAAAGGAUGUGAGUCAACUGCUAGACAUGUUGCAAAGUACCUUAAGCAAUUCCCUUUCAACACCUUCAAUGGUGAAAGUGAAUAUCCUGAUAUUGCUUCUGCCAUUGAUGCAUUGAAAAAAUCUCCAGCUGGAUUAGAUCCUGUGUUAUCUGAAACACUUUCUUCAGGUGUUGCCUAUCACCAUGCUGGUCUCACAAUUGAAGAAAGAGAAAUUGUUGAAAACUGCUAUCGUAAAGGUCUAGUACGUGUGUUAACUGCCACAUCAACAUUAGCAGCUGGAGUGAAUCUUCCUGCAAGAAGAGUUAUCUUCAGACAACCUCGUAUUGGUCGUGAUUUUUUAGAUGGGACAAGAUACAGACAAAUGUCCGGGCGGGCGGGUCGCACCGGAAUCGAUACGAAAGGAGAAAGUGUGUUAAUAUGCAAACCUGAAGAAGUGAAAAAAAUUAUGGAAGUGAUUCAUGAGUCGUGUCCACCAUUGCGUUCUUGUUUGUCAGAAGACAAGAAUGGAAUGACACAUGCCAUUUUGGAAGGUGUUGCUGGUGGAAUUGUUCAAACUGCUAAUGAUAUCCAUCGAUAUGUUAAAUGCACUCUUCUGAAUUCAACACAACCAUUUGAAGAUGUUGUAAAAUCAGCAAAAGAUUCUCUCAAGUGGCUUUGUCAUAGAAAGUUUCUUGAAUGGAGUGAAGAUACUAAGUUAUACAGUUCCACACCUCUUGGCUUUGCUUCUUUUGGCAGCUCUCUUUGUCCUGAGGAGUCACUUAUUGUUUUGGAUGACCUUUCAAGGGCGAGAGCAGGAUUUGUACUCUCAUCAGAUUUACACUUGUUAUACUUGGUAACACCAACUAAUGUUGAUGUUGAGCCAGAUUGGGAAUUGUACUAUGAAAGAUUCAUGCAGCUCCCUGUUCUUGAUCAAUGUGUUGGAAACCGUGUUGGAGUGCAAGAAGCAUUUUUGAGGAGAAUGGCUCAUGGAGCUACAAUCCGCACUUCAGAAAGAUCAAGGCAUGAUUUGAAAGGACUUGGGGUGUCAGUGUCAACCAAUAACAUCCUUACAGAUGAUCAAAUGCUUCGUGUGUGUAAGAGAUUCUAUGUUGCACUCAUCUUGUCAAGACUCAUACAGGAAGCACCUGUGAUGGAGGUUUGUGAAGGUUUCAAGGUGGCACGUGGAAUGGUUCAAUCAUUGCAAGAAAAUGCUGGAAGAUUUGCAUCUAUGGUUUCAGUCUUUUGUGAAAGACUUGGUUGGCAUGAUUUAGAAAACUUGAUUUCCAAGUUCCAAAAUCGUGUCUCAUUUGGUGUAAAAGCUGAGAUUGCUGAGCUUACAACCAUUCCAUUUGUCAAGGGUUUUAGAGCAAGGGCACUUUAUAAAGCUGGAUUGCGUACACCCCAAGCAAUUGCUGAAGCAUCCAUACCUGAAGUUGUUAAAGCCAUUUUUGAACCUUCAGAUAAGUUGGCACAAAGGCUUAUUCAACUGGGAGUGGCUAAAAAGAUAAUGAAUGGGGCCCGCAAAAUUGUCCUUGAAAAAGCUGAUGAAGCAAGGGCUGCUGCUUUUUCAGCUUAUAAGGCUCUUGGAGUUGAUGUUCCUCACUUUUCUGUGGAAGGAGGCGAUAUAUACUCAAGAAGUGAGGUAAUGAAGGGGGAAAAAUCAUCUAAUGAUAAUGAUAUGGCCUUAAGUAAAUCAUGUGGUGAUAACUCGGUGUCUUGCAUUAUUGAUUGUGAAGAUAAAUCUAGCUACGAUCACAUCAAUCAUGCUUCAUCUUUUCAACUGGGAAAAGUUGGACGACCUAUAAAUGAACUAGGGUUCAAUCGCAUCAAAUUCUCUGAAAAAUCUUGUAAAAUGGCGUCAGGUGGUUCCUCACGCUCCCGCGUUGAUCAGUUCUUUUCUUCAAAGAAGAAGAACAACAAGCUUGUUUCACCUGCUUUAAAAUCGGGAAUAGUUGAACAAAAUGCAAAACUCUCACUUGAAGGGUCUCCUAGUGGUAAAGGCUCUUUAUCCAGCUAUCUAGUGUCUUCACCAAAAAAUGAAAUUCGCCCUCAUAGGACUUUACCCACAGCUUGUGGGUCAUCUGAUAGACAAGAUCAAGUGAAAAGAAACCUUACAUCAGAGAUUGAUUCUUCUUUAAGAAAUGAAGAUGUGGAAACUAUAUCAUCUAGCAAAGGGCAUAACUCUAAGUCUUCAGAAUCUAUGCAUGAGGUGGAGAACCCCGAAUUACAACAGUUUGCAGCUAAUUUUUUGUCAUUUUAUUGUAGUGAACUUCCAACCACAAAAGUUAAUACAAAUAAAAGGCAGGGUAAUCCAUGUAUGCUAGAUUUGGAAGAUAAAUCGAUUAAGAAGAGACAUUUAAGUCAUGAGGAGGGUGAAACUCUUGGUUAUAAUGAGAAUCAACCCAAUCCAGUGCAUCAAUUUAGCUUGAGAAAAUGCAAUAAAACAUCUAUAGAAUCUGUUGAUGUGAAAUCAUGCAAUACACCAAACCUGGCAGAAGUCAAAGUUGGAGCUGAAAAAACUCCUCAGUCAAUGCGUGGAAGCUCCAUCUUUUCACCAGGAGACACAUUCUGGAGAGAGGCAAUCCAGGUGGCUGAUGAUAUGUCAUAUCAUAAUAAAAAAGGUCUUCCUGAACAAGCUGUUGAAGAAUCUAAAGGACAGAAUGGUAAUUCUAUGGACAAAGAGGUGUCCCCAUUACCCGUGAAACAUUUUGAUUUUUCUUCUGAAGACAAAAAUAUGGCUGUGGAUACUUCAAGCCAUGGCAUUGUAAAAAAUAUGGACAGACUUGUUGAGUGUUGUAUAGCUGAUAAGAACCUAAUAACAACCAUGGAUAUGAGCACUACCUCUUGCAACCAAAUUCAAUCUUUGUCUAAAUUGCAAGAGACAACAACUUCGAGUUGUGUAAUUACCAAAAGGAGAGCUGAAGUAUUGAAUCAACCUAAUGAUGAUAAAACAUCUGAUACACCAUCUACAGACAUCAAAACUUGUAAUUUAAACUUUCUUAACAGUGUGGAAAGUACCCCAUCAAGUUCCAUGCCUCCCAAUGAUCGUUUGGAUAUUAGCAAUUGGCUCCCUUCUGAGUUAUGCAUAACAUAUAAGAAACGGGGAAUAUCAAAAUUGUAUCCAUGGCAGGUGGACUGCCUACAGGUGGAUGGGGUGUUACAAAAAAGGAACCUUGUGUAUUGUGCAUCUACAAGUGCUGGGAAAAGUUUCGUUGCAGAAAUCCUGAUGUUACGUAGAGUGUUGUCAACAAGAAAAGUGGCAAUUCUUGUUCUUCCUUAUGUGUCAAUUUGUACAGAGAAGGCAGAACAUCUUGAAGCCUUACUGGAACCACUUGGCAAGCAUGUUCGCAGUUACUAUGGAAGCCAAGGUGGUGGAACACUUCCUAAAGAUACAUCUGUUGCUGUUUGCACAAUUGAGAAGGCAAAUUCACUACUCAAUAGAUUGCUGGAAGAGGGGCGUUUGUCAGAAGUUGGGAUCAUAGUAAUUGAUGAACUUCACAUGGUUGGAGAUCAGCACAGGGGGUAUCUGUUGGAACUUAUGUUGACAAAGCUUAGGUAUGGAGCUGGUGAAGGCAGGGUGGAGUUUUCAAGUGGAGAAAGUUCAGGGUCAAGCAGUGGGAAAAGUGACCCCACUCAUGGUCUUCAAAUUGUUGGAAUGAGUGCCACUUUACCUAAUGUCAAUGCAGUUGCUGAUUGGCUUCAGGCAGCUUUAUACCAGACAGAUUUCCGACCUGUUCCACUUGAGGAGUAUAUCAAAGUUGGAAACUCAAUUUAUAACAAAAAGAUGGAUCUUGUCAAAACAAUCUCAAAAAGAUCUGAUCUUGGUGGUAAAGAUCCUGAUCAUAUCAUAGAAUUAUGCAAUGAGGUUGUCCAAGAGGGUCAUUCAGUGUUGAUCUUUUGUUCAAGUCGUAAAGGAUGUGAGUCAACUGCUAGACAUGUUGCAAAGUACCUUAAGCAAUUCCCUUUCAACACCUUCAAUGGUGAAAGUGAAUAUCCUGAUAUUGCUUCUGCCAUUGAUGCAUUGAAAAAAUCUCCAGCUGGAUUAGAUCCUGUGUUAUCUGAAACACUUUCUUCAGGUGUUGCCUAUCACCAUGCUGGUCUUACAAUUGAAGAAAGAGAAAUUGUUGAAAACUGCUAUCGUAAAGGUCUAGUACGUGUGUUAACUGCCACAUCAACAUUAGCAGCUGGAGUGAAUCUUCCUGCAAGAAGAGUUAUCUUCAGACAACCUCGUAUUGGUCGUGAUUUUUUAGAUGGGACAAGAUACAGACAAAUGUCUGGGCGGGCGGGUCGCACCGGAAUUGAUACAAAAGGAGAAAGUGUGCUAAUAUGCAAGCCUGAAGAAGUGAAAAGAAUUGUGGCACUCAUUGGUGACUCAUGUCCACCAUUGCAUUCUUGUUUGUCAGAAGAUAAGAAUGGAAUGACGCAUGCAAUCUUAGAAGUUGUUGCUGGUGGAAUUGUUCAAACUGCUAAUGAUAUCCAUCGAUACGUUAGAUGCACUCUUCUGAAUUCAACACAACCAUUUGAAGACGUUGUAAAAUCAGCAAAAGAUUCUCUCAUGUGGCUGUGUCAUAGGAAGUUUCUUGAGUGGAGUGAAGAUACCAAGUUAUAUAGUACCACACCUCUUGGCCAUGCUUGUUUUGGAAGCUCUCUUUGUCCUGAGGAGUCACUUAUUGUGCUGGAUGACCUUUCAAGGGCAAGAGAAGGAUUUGUUCUUGCAUCAGACUUGCAUUUGGUUUACUUGGUAACACCAACUAAUGUUGAUGUUGAGCCAGAUUGGGAAUUGUACUAUGAAAGAUUCAUGCAAUUACCUGCACUAGAUCAAUCUGUUGGUAAUCGUGUUGGAGUGAAAGAACCGUUUUUGAUGCGAAUGGCUCAUGGAGCUCCAACUCGCACUUCAGAUAGAUCAAGGCGUGAUAUAAAAGGACUUGGUGUUUCAACCAAUAACACCCUUACAGAUGAUCAAAUGCUUCGUGUCUCUAAGAGAUUCUAUGUUGCACUCAUCCUCUCAAGACUUGUACAGGAAGCACCUGUGACAGAGGUUUGUGAAGCUUUUAAGGUGGCACGUGGAAUGGUUCAAUCUUUACAAGAAAAUGCUGGAAGGUUUGCAUCUAUGGUUUCAGUCUUUUGUGAAAGACUCGGUUGGCAUGAUCUUGAGUCCCUGGUUUCCAAGUUCCAAAACCGUGUUUCAUUUGGUGUAAGAGCUGAGAUUGCUGAGCUUACCACCAUUCCAUUUGUCAAGGGUUGUAGAGCUAGGGCACUUUACAAAUCUGGCUUGCGUACUACCCAAGCAAUUGCUGAAGCAUCCAUUCCUGAAAUUGCAAAAGCAGUUUUUGAAUCUUCAUCAUGGGAUGCACAAGAUAACUCAUUACAAAGGCGUAUUCAAUUGGGAGUCGCUAAAAAGAUAAAGAAUGGUGCACGAAAGAUUAUCCUGGAAAAAGCUGAAGAAGCAAGGGAUGCUGCCUUUUCAGCUUUUAAAGCUCUUGGAGUUGAUGUUCCUCACUUUUCUCUACCCAAAUCAACAACACCUUCUGUUAAAGAAAGUGAUUCCCAACAUAAUACCAAGUUAAAAACCGAAGAAAACUCGGAUGAUACCACCUUAAGUAAAUCAAGUGCAAAUGAAGUUAUUUCUACUCAAAAAGAGCAUGAGAGAGCAGAUGUAGGUGUUGGUAAUACGGAAAAAGGUCCCAUGAGUGCUGUUAACAUUCAUGGUGGAUUUGAUUCUUUCUUGGAUAUGUGGGACUCCACAAAUGAAUUCUUUUUUGACAUUCACUUCACAAAAAGAUCUGAGUUCCACUCGAUUGCUCCUUUUGAAUUACUUGGAUUCGCAAUCUGCUGGGAAGAUUCUCCUGUUUACUAUAUCAAUGUUCCCAAGGAUUUAUUUUCAUCCAACACAAAGAGAAACAAAAACCCUAAUAAUAUUUCAUCUCCAGAAGGUGAGCUUGAGAUGGCAAAGCAAAGAUGGAGUAGAGUUGGUAUGAUAAUGGGAAAAACACAAGUCCGAAAAAUCACAUGGAAUUUGAAAAUUCAAAAUCAGGUGUUGAAGUUACCCGCUGUUUCAAUUCAGAAAUUCGGGAGCAUGAUUCAGUCAAAGAAAACUUUGGAGCUCGUUAAUGGAAGCCACUAUAUGUUCUCUCCAGUUCAUGUAAAAGAUGCUAUCGACUUAUGUGUUGUAGUCUGGAUUCUUUGGCCCGAUGAAGAAAGAAGCUCAAACCCUAAUUUGGAAAAAGAAGUGAAAAAAAGGUUAUCUAGUGAGGUGGCAGCAUCCGCAAAUCAAAACGGUCGGUGGAAAAAUCAGAUGCGAAGAGCUGCGCACAACGGUUGCUGUAAGCGCGCAGCUCAAACACGAGCUUUGUCAUCGGUUCUCUUGAAGCUACUAACAUCCGAGAAGCUUCUAGAACCAUUAGUAACGAUCGAGAUGCCAUUAGUGAAUGUUCUUUCUGAUAUGGAAGUUUCCGGAAUAGGUGUCGACAUGGAGGGGUGUAUACAAUCGCGUCUUGUGAUUGGUAAAAAACUGAGAUCUCUUGAAAAUGAAGCUUACAAAUUGGCGGGUACGAGGUUUUCUUUGUACACGUCAGCAGAUAUUGCAGAUGUGUUGUACAACCGGUUAAAGCUGCCAGUUCGGGAAGGGUAUAAAGGGAAACAACACCCCAGUACUGACAAACAUUGUUUAGAAUUAUUAAGGUUUGAGCAUCCUAUUGUUCCUGUUAUUAAAGAACAUCGGACAUUAGCCAAGCUUUUAAACUGUACAUUGGGUUCCAUUUGUUCACUUUCUAAGUUAUCUAUGAAGACUCAAAGAUAUACACUUCAUGGACAUUGGCUCCAAACUUCAACAGCAACAGGAAGGUUAUCCAUGGAGGAUCCCAAUCUUCAGUGUGUCGAGCAUAUGGUUGAAUUCAAGAUAGAUAGCAAUGAAAAAGAAGGCGAUGAUUCAGACAUGGAACUCUACAAAGUAAAUCCUCGUGAUUUCUUCAUUCCAACUCAGGAAAACUGGUUAUUAGUAACUGCAGAUUAUUCUCAGAUAGAACUGAGAUUAAUGGCCCAUUUUUCUAAAGACCAAUCACUGAUUGAUCUUCUGACAAAGCCUCUUGGUGAUGUGUUCAACAUUAUCACUGCAAAAUGGUCAGGAAAAGAAGAGUCUUUAGUGGGUCCCAAAGAGCGAGAUCAAACAAAAAGAUUGAUUUAUGGGAUUUUAUAUGGAAUGGGUGCAAAUUCACUUGCUGAACAGCUGGAAUGCAGUCCAGAUGAUGCUAGAGACAAAAUUCAGAGUUUCAAAAGAUCUUUCCCUGGUGUUGCUUCUUGGCUUAAAGAAGCUGUUGCAAUCUGCCAUAAAAAAGGUUAUGUGGAAACUUUGAUGGGAAGGAAGCGGUUUUUGGCGAAAAUUAAGUUUGGAAACAGUGAAGAAAAAUCAAAAGCUCAGAGACAGGCUGUGAAUUCCAUUUGUCAGGGAUCUGCAGCUGAUAUAAUAAAAGUUGCAAUGAUAACUAUACAUGCUGUGAUAGGUGAAGGUGAAGGUGUUGACAAGUCAACACCUAGCAAUAGCAUCCAAUUUGCUGAAAGAUUCCAUAUGCUUAAGGGUCGUUGUAGAAUCCUUCUGCAGGUACAUGAUGAAUUAAUAAUGGAAGCUGAUCCAUCUGUUGUGAAUGAAGCUGGAUUGCUGCUAAAGUUGAGCAUGGAAAACGCUGCCUCACUUCUAGUUCCAUUGAUGGUGAAAUUGAAGUGUGGAAGAACAUGGGGAUCUUUAGAACCAUUAAUGGUUUGUUAAAUAUGAGGAACUUAACAUUUUUUUUUUUUCCUUCCAAAAAAUUAAGUUUUUUUCACAGGACAUGACAAGUUUAUUUACAAGAUUUUUUUUACAAAUACCUUUUAUUGUGAGAAAGAUGGAGAUCAUGAUCAUGCUGCAUGCAGAAAAGAAUCAACCAAUUGGGGUAGUCAGUAGUGUAAGAUAAUGUAAUUUGGGUGUAGGAAGCUGUAUAAGAUAAACAAUUAAAGAAACGAUAAUUAAUGUAAGGGAAUGUUGCCAUUGUUGGUUUUUAAAAACUUUGGUGGGAAAGAAAUAUAAGAGCUUUGAAUUUUUUUUUUAAAACAUAUGUAAGUAAGAACUCAAAAGACA